AUGUCUGCCGCCUUGGCUCAACAACAGCAAGUAAAAAUUCCCACCUCGGGCAGAAUUGGCAACGUAACGUCUGAUCAGCAACAGGUCUUGACACAAUUUUGGAGAAUGUUACUAGACUUGUUUGCAGACUCUGCCCCUGCCAUUCAGUCUACAAAGAAUUCCAAGAAUUACCUCUCCCGAAAGAAAACCACCGACGCAAUUGCCUACGACUCUUCGUCGCCCGACAAGUACAACGAAUUCCGUGAACUCGCCUCUGCCCUCGAACUCUAUUCCAUUUCUGAACUCCGUCAAGCAUGGUGGCGACUAAUCUCAUUCGAUGACCCGGACGGGAUUUUGCUUCGAUUUCUCCGUGCAAGAAAGUGGGACGCACACAAAGCGCUUGCCAUGUUGGUAUCGACGUUAAAGUGGAAUUUGCAGAGCGGUAUCGAAUCGAUUAUUUCAGACGGAGAAUUGGGACUGAAGCAAUAUUUUGAGGCGAAACGAAUGAAGGGAUUUGAUCACCAAUUGACUAGCGGGAAAAGCUUUCUUCAUGGAUUCGACAAAGAGGGAAGGCCUAUUUGUUACAUUAACGUCCGUCAUCAUAAGAAGGAUGAUCAGUCGCUCGAAAUACUACAAAAGUUUACUUUAUGGACAAUGGAGACAUCUCGUCUGAUGGUCGCUCCUCCUGUUGAGACAGCUUGUCUUGUAUUUAACAUGGAUGGAUUCAGUUUAUCUAACGUGGAUUAUCAAUACAUAAACUUUAUGAUAAAAUGCUUCGAAGCCUAUUACCCUGAAUCCCUUGGCUUUUGCCUAGUCCACUGUGCGCCUUGGGUUUUUUCCGUUGUCUGGAAAGUCAUCUCUCCUCUAAUCGACCCGGUAGUCGCUUCGAAAAUAAAAUUCACCAACGGUGCCAACGAACUCCUCGAAUACAUCUCAUCAGAUACCUUACUUGCUUCUCUCGGCGGUAACAAUACGUGGGAAUACAAAUAUGUUCCACCAAAGUCGGAUGAAAAUGCACGGAUGGCAGAUACGAAAACGAAAGAGGACAAGUUGAGAAUAAGAAGAGAGCUGGAGAACAAAUUCGAAGAAAUUACUAGAAAAUGGCUAGCGGAUCCAUCGCCGGCUAAUGUUAAAGAAAGGGAGGAAUUAAAAAAGAGGUUGAGGGAGGCACAGAUCCAGCUGGAUCCUUACAUUAGGGCUAGGACAUUAUACCAUCGGAUCGGAGUGAUUAAGGACGAUAGUGGUUGUGAUUGA